CUUUCUCUCUCUAAAAAACUUUCCGAGCGAUGUCGAGGCGGCCCGGCAAGGAAGUGGCGGCACAGGCGGCGGGUGGACAGCGGUUUUCCGGCGAGAAGGCAUCGUAUUUUCGUUCUGGGGCUGGGAAGAGUAUGGACAUUAUGAGAAGUACGAUGAACUCAAUGGAGAGCUCGGGGCCCAGACACGUUAGAUCCCGUGGUAUUUCGGCCUCGGCUCGUAGAGAACGGGUGCACUAUUCUGAGGAUGAUGAAGAUGAUGAUGGUGAUGAGGAGGAGGAGGAGGAGGAUGCAGAUGAGGAUGUGGACGAUCAGAGUGGACCAUAUGAUGAUUACGGUCCAUUCAGUCAGAGGCUUGAUGAUGUGUAUGAGACGCGUAGGGUAGACGUGCGUAAGGGUAGAGAUGGUAGAUUUGUUAGUAGAUCUGGCACAUCAUCUGCGUCCACUGUGUCUGCGGUUAGCAGAAAACGGUCGAGGGCCGUUAAUGAUUCUUGGGUGGUGAGGGGCGAGGUGGCUGGGGGACCUAUAGACGGGAGUGUGAUUCCUAGCUUUCUAGGACACAUCGCUACCCGUAUUUGGGAGGACCAAGAGCGGGCUUUGGAUAGCGGCAUUUUGAAAUGCCAAACCCGGGAGAGGACUUGUAACUUCUUGUGUAGUUGGGCUGAGGCUUGGCCGGAGGAGAGCGAGAUGGUCGGCCGAUUGAGGGCCACUAGAGUGAGCCACCUUCCUGCCACCAUGCAUGAGAGGAUUGACUCGACGCUGAUCACGGCUUUCGUUGAGCGAUGGCAGCCGGACACGAACUCUUUCCACCUUCCGUUCGGUGAGAUGACGAUCAUGUUGCAUGACGUCGAGGCCAUCCUUGGGAUUCCCGUAGAGGGAAACCGAGCAUCUGUUGUCACAGAUGCGGAUCAGGCAGAUUUAUUGGCGGAGCUGUUGGCGGUGGAUAGGGCUGCGCUGUACACAGCGGCACUUGGUGUGUGGGAUCACGGCGGUGUUAAGAUCGCAGCAGUUUUGCAGCGAUGUUUGCACCCCACUUCACGUAGGACGCAGGACACACAGCUGGCUGCAUAUGUUUUUCUUCUUCUCGGGUGUACCUUGUUUCCGGAUAAGAGCGGAAACAAGCUCAGGCCACGCGACAUAGUUGACGCGUGUGAGCCCGACAGAGUAGGCCAGUUUUCUUGGGGGUCGGCUACAUUAGCGUACAUGUAUCGCCAGUUAGGAUUCUCGAGCCGGGCUGAUGCGGCAGGUAUCACUGGAUGUAUGACGUUGUUACAGACGUGGAUAUACGAGUAUGUGCCACCGCCCACUGCCGUGGAUGCGUGGAUGGGAAAGAUGACGCAGUUGGGACACAGACUUUUUGAGGAGAGGGACAACAUGACGACUGCAACAGGCAGAGCUGUUAUUGAUGAACUGGAACGGGCCCUUGAGCAGUGGCAGUGGGCGUCACAGAGAGAUUAUUGAUAUGUCGGCAGUGCUUUUAUAAAACAUUUUCCUAGUUGUUUGUAAAAGUUAACAUUAUCUGUUCUUAUAAUUAUUAUUUUAAGUUCUUAGAAUUUGACAUUAUAUUUUUAGUUUUUAUAACUUUUAUUUUAAGUUGUAAUUAGUGGGCAUACGAAAACUAAAUACAGGUUCACAUUUAAAUGGGAAAACUAAAUACGAAAAUUAGAA